GGGGGUGACUGUAAAAGUGGCGAGUCAAGCAAACGCGUAAACGGCCGUAGCCAUCUCUUCUCUUCCCCUCUCCGAUCCAGAUUCCAGUGCACCCUGCCAUCUAGAUCUAACCUAGCGAAGCCGACCUUGCUCGCUGGGAGCUUUGGACCGUCCGGCCGGCCAUAGAUCAUGGCGGGCACGGUGGUGAGCAUGGCGCGAUCCAUGCUGGGCGCUGUCAUCAGCGUGGCCGCCUCCGCCGCCGCCACCGAGAUGAGCCUUCUCAUGGGCGUCCGCGACGACAUUCGGUUUAUGAAAAACGAGCUAGAGACGAUGCAGGCAUUUCUGGUGACCGCUGAAGCAGCCAAGGAAAAUAACAGGCAACUGCAGGUGUGGGCGAAGCAAGUAAGGGAUCUAGCCUAUGUCAUUGAGGAUUGCCUUGAUGAGUUUAUGGUGCAUGUGGGAAGCCGGAGCCGGUCUCGACGGCUGUUUAAGCUGAAAGACCGUCGUCGCAUUGCAAAACAGAUCCGUGGUCUCAAAGCAAGAGUUGAGGAAGUGAGCAACAGGAACACCCGCUAUAACUUUAUCAACACGGAUGCCUCCAGCAGUAUUGACGAGGCGAAUUCCUACAUGGAAGAUAUCCGCAGCCACUCAGCUAGCAACAUUGACGAGGCACAGCUUGUGGGCUUUGCUAAGACCAAAAAGGAGUUGAUUAAUAUGGUUGAUGUUAACUCUAGAUAUGGUCUUUCAAAGGUGAUAAGUGUCGUUGGCAUGGGUGGUUUAGGCAAGACUACUCUUGCCAGGAAAGUAUAUGAAAGUAAGGAAAACAUUGUAAAUAAAUUUGCUUGGUGUGCUUGGGUCACCAUAUCACAGUCAUUUUCCAAGAUGGAGAUGCUCAAGGGCAUGAUUAUGCAACUUUUGGGUCCCGAGUCACUGAGGAAAUGCUUGAAAGAUCUUGAAGGGAAGGCAGUGCAAGUAGAAGACCUCUCCAGGUACCUCAGAGAAAAUUUGGAGGACAAGAGGUACUUCAUUGUUCUCGAUGACCUAUGGACCAUAGAUUCUUGGAAUUGGAUCAAAGAUAUUGCUUUUCCUAUUAGAAACAACAAAGGUAGCCGAAUAAUAAUAACAACUCGAGAUGUUGGCUUGGCUGAGCAGUGCACUUCUGAAUCGCUUAUCUACCAGCUUAAACAUCUGCAAAUAAAGGAUGCCACACAUUUGCUACUAAGAAAGAGUAGGAAAACACAUGAAUACAUGAAAAAUGAUAAGGAAGUGAAGAUGGUGGUCAACAAAAUGGUAAAGAAGUGUGGUGGUCUGCCGUUGGCUAUACUCACUAUUGGAGGCAUGCUUGCCAGCAAAAAGGUGACAGAGUGGGAAAGUAUCUAUGAACAAAUCCCAUCAGAGCUCGAGAGCAACCCUAGCCUUGAAGCACUGAGGAAGAUAGUUACUCUGAGCUACAACAACUUGCCGUCUCAUCUCAAGUCAUGCUUUCUAUAUCUAAGCAUCUUUCCUGAGGAUUUUGAAAUCAAAAGGAGGCGUCUAGUAGACAGAUGGAUAGCCGAGGGGUUUGUUACAGCCAGAGGUGGAGUAAACAUCGAGGAUGUUGGAAUAAGUUAUUUCACCGAGCUAAUCAACCGAAGCAUGAUUCAACCCUCGAAAGUGAACAUGGAAGGAAAUAUUAAGAGCUGUCGAGUCCAUGAUAUCAUGCGUGAUGUGAUGAUCUCAAUAUCUAGGGAUGAAAUUUUUGUGCACUUGGUAGGAGAUAAUGCUACUGCUGUAGCAGACUGUAACUACCACCAUGUAGCAUUCCAUGGUAGCAAGCGCCAAAAGAUCGGCAUGGAUUGUAUCCAUGUUCGUUCAUUAACCGUGUUUGGUGAAAGAUCCAUGGAGCCAUCAGCUUCACUUUUUUCAUCUAAGUUGAGAAUGCUUAGAGCCCUUGACCUAGAAGAUGGGGAUUUUGUUGUCAGACAGGAAGACAUCAACAACAUAGGGUCACUGCGCCACUUGAAAUAUCUGACUGUUAGGCCUUUUGGUGAGUGUUCAAAUUUGCAUAAACUGCCAGGAUCUAUUGGCAAGUUACAAGGCUUGCAGAGUUUGGACUUGGGAUACAGCUGUAUUAAAACACUACCAACUGAGAUUGGUAAACUUGAAGGUCUUCGUACGCUCCGGUGCAGAAAAAAUGAAUAUUUUAAAUAUUAUGAUUAUUUCAAAUAUUUGAGUGAGAACAUGGAGAAAUACAAGUGCAUGGGUGGUAUAUUGUGUAUACCCAUGGUAUGCUCUAGUGGGUUUCCAAGUGGUGCGCGUGAAGAAAAAGAGGGUGCUGUAGCGUUGCGUCAAGGAAUCAGUAACUUAAAAGAGUUACAGAUACUAGAGUACGUGGACAUCGAAAGAACAAGUAGCAGAGCAAUCGAAGAGCUUGGGGAGCUUACACAACUAAAGAAAUUGAGAGUGACUACGGAAGGGGCAACCGAGGAAAAAUGCAAGCUAUUCUGGGAGGCCAUUGGGAAGCUCCCUUGUCUUUACUCUCUUCAUGUGGAUGGUAACAAUAUCGAGUGGCUGGGUUCUGCUUCCUUUGCUCCCCCCCUCAUGAGGACCCUGAGAUUGAAAGGAAAUAUUGUAGAGGUGCCCAACUGGGUUGGUAGUCUGAGGCAUUUGGUGAAGAUUAUAUUCUGUGGGUCCGUAGAAAAAGAAGGAGAAAAAACCAUGGAGAUGCUAGGGGCACUGCCCAACCUCAUGCUCGUUGAUCUCUCGUUUUAUUAUGGUGUUCGAGAGGAGCUAGUGUUUGUGUCGGAAGCAUUUCCAAGUCUCAGGAUACUUCGUAUGCACUUCCGGCAUGAUAUGAGAAUGGUGAGAUACGAGGAGGGCACCAUGCCCCACAUUGCAGAGCUAUAUUUACAUUUCACCUUCCAAAACUCUGUACGGAUUACUGGCAUCAAACACCUUCCAAAGAUCAAGGAGAUUUCAAUUCGAAUCCCCAGGGUGCUGAAUAAUUUUGAGCUGCACCAGGAAGUGAAAUCACACCCAAACCAUCCUGUGAUGCGAGUGUCAUUCCGAGACCGGGGUACUACCACCGUAGGAGGAUCAAAUGUUGUAGAGGUGGAAGAAGCAAUGGGGGAAUCAUCAGCUGUACUUUCCGAGCACGGAGCAGCACGAGAGAGCUACUUAGAUGUGCAGACAGGGAGCGACAGUGAAGAUGAUCUGCGGUGACCACGAGUUUCUGGUUGAUGCCUUCCGAGUUCUGAUUCUAUAUAGAUAUGAAUUCGGCAGGGCGGAAAUUGUCUCAAGAUCCAAUGCGCUACAUUAUAUACUGUACUACAGAAGAUGCUACUGCGAAGCUGAAUUUCAUUGUUAAGCAACAGCAUGGUGCUGCCAAACCUUCCAAGUUUUGCUGCUACGGACCUCCGAUGUGCUGUGAAGCUGAGCUUAGACCUUAGAUGCAGUUUGAAUGUUUUUUAUGCGGCGAAUGGCACAGGAGUUCCAUGUAUCUUGUGGGCAUGAGUGAUGGGACGAAGACGAUGGAGCAAGCUUCCAGAUCUCAGAUCGAGCUACAGUUGGCAUCUGCUGGCCUGAUGAUAAUCUAUUCUUUGGACUUUGGAGUGGAUGAUCAAUCUGAUGAGAUAACUUGCAAUUGUGAACAAAAGAGUACUUUGCUUUCUUUUGCCAAUACAAUCUCUAUGUUUCCCUUUUGUCCUUUUUUGGAGAUGAUCACUCUCUGUUUCUUGCUGCCAUAAUAUUUGUACUUCAUGCUCUUUGCCAGGCUUCCUUUGAUUCUUCACCUCGAAAUGCAGCAUCACAAAUUCACCUUGCCGCCUGCUUCGACCACCAAGUCGGCACAACUCAACUUUCCUAUGUUAUGACUGGUACAUAAGUGCAAAUGAUUUCGGUGGCCUCAAUGUAACGGAGGCGACGAUCGAUUCUUCGAAAAUACCAUGGAAUGGAUUAUCAACCAACCUGAUGCCAAGGCGUGCAAUUGUUGCUACAGACUUCCUUUGUUUGCCGUACUGCCUGCUCUGUUUUCUUUUCUUUUUUUACUAUUUAAUUUAAUUUUCUUUCUACAACAGACUAUUCUCGCUUUGUUGCUUCCAAUAUAUCUAUAUUUUCUUUUGUUGUUUAAUUCCAGAAUAACAUUAUCAUCAUUUGGCCGCCAAAAGUCAACAUUAUUUGCUUGGCUC